GGUGAGUCCCGGCGGACCCCAACACAGCGCUGAACCUCCACCGCAGUAUGCUCAAAGUCACCAUGCCCUCCUCCGCGUCUUCGUCGCCUCCCUCUGCCUCCUCCGCGACCACCAGCGCCACUGGGACUCUCGGCUCUGCCACUAGCCAGGGCCGGAUCGGAGGUGCUGCCGCCGCUGCCGGCGCCCCUGUCCCGGAUUUUUGGAUCGACGGCUCCAAUAGAGACACCCUAGCUGCUUAUUACGAGCUGGAGUCGGAGCUGGGACGGGGUGCUACAUCUAUUGUCUACCGGUGUAGGCAGAAAGGAACUCAAAAGCCAUUUGCUGUCAAAAUCUUGAAGAAAACUGUAGACAAGAAGAUUGUCCGAACAGAAAUAGGUGUUCUUCUUCGACUUUCACAUCCAAAUAUUAUAAAACUGAAGGAGAUAUUUGAAACCCCCACAGAAAUCAGCCUUGUCUUAGAACUGGUAACAGGAGGAGAGCUGUUUGACAGAAUUGUGGAAAAAGGAUAUUACAGUGAACGAGAUGCUGCUGAUGCUGUGAAACAAAUCCUGGAGGCAGUUGCUUAUUUACAUGCCAAUGGAAUUGUUCACCGAGACUUGAAACCAGAAAAUUUAUUGUAUGCAACACCAGCUCCUGAUGCACCAUUAAAAAUAGCUGAUUUUGGACUUUCCAAGAUAGUUGCAGAUCAUGUUACCAUGAAAACAGUCUGUGGAACACCAGGAUAUUGUGCACCAGAAAUUCUGCGAGGGUGUGCUUAUGGCUCAGAAGUAGACAUGUGGUCCAUAGGAAUAAUCACCUAUAUCCUACUUUGUGGCUUUGAACCAUUCUACGAUGAAAGAGGAGAUCAAUACAUGUUCAAGAGGAUUCUGAACUGUGAAUAUGAUUUUGUUUCUCCCUGGUGGGAUGAUGUAUCUCUGAAUGCCAAGGAUUUGGUUAGGAAGCUAAUUGUACUUGACCCAAAGAAACGCCUUACCACUUUCCAAGCUUUACAGCAUCCUUGGGUCACAGGAAAGGCAGCCAAUUUUGUUCAUAUGGAUACAGCUCAAAAGAAACUCCAAGAAUUCAAUGCUCGGCGUAAACUGAAGGCUGCAGUGAAAGCUGUUGUUGCAUCAACUCGUCUUGGAAGUGCAAGCUGCCAUAGCACCCACGACAGCAAUAAGCUUAGCGAAAGCCAGCUUGUAAGCCCAGGAGAUGAUACAGAAGAAAAAGAUACAACAGUAAGCCACAUAACUCAGGAAAUGGACAUUCAGGAACAAGGAUUUGAAGGAGGAGAGCUGUAGAUCUUGCAAUGUCUUCUUUCAGCAAAAAUCUCCCAUUUCAUGCACCAGCCAAAUUACCAUUCA